AUGGCACAACAAGCUCCGAAUAAAGGGCCUUCGCAUCAGGGCUCAAUCUCAUCGGCAGGAGCAACAAAUGAUCUGACCCCGCUUAAUCAACACAACGAUCCCAUGCAGGAAAGCCGAACCUCUGGAGAUUGCGAUAGGGAUUAUUCGAGCUACAGAUAUUCCCUCACUGAGCGGCCUCGAACUGAUCACCACACGGUGGGAAUGAUUGGUGCUUUUUUGUUAUUAGACAAGAAGCGCAAUCUCAUGACUUUGGAUAGGCUGAGCAUUCUGGCCAAUAUAUCACGCUAUACCUACCACCUCGGCGUGGCCAAGCUUAUUGAGGAGCAUCCUGAUAUAAGCUUCACUGCAUGCUUCAUCGCAUUGACAUUUGCAAAUGGAGACCUCAGCCUGGUCACUAACAGGACUUUGAACAUCUUCACUCCUCGGCCAAAUGAGGUGUUUUGGCUGUCAUCAGGUAAUGAUUCUGUUUAUUCCCGCUGCAGUGAUGGGUACACUAUAAAUGCACUGCGCGGAAGAUCUGCCAGUAUUGAGAAUCCUUCCUUCAUCAUCAAUGCCGGUCUCAAGGUUCUAAAGGCGGUUAUAAAGCAAUUGUUCAUAUCCAACAAGCAACCCUUGGUCGAGCUUGUUGUGUCUCUUGCAGUCGGUCAUUUCGAUUCACCACGAACAUUUCACUGGACAAUUCAACAGCUACAUGAUUGGUAUUGCAGAGGCAGUGAUUGGCCCUCACACAUUGAGCUUGGUAAGAUUGGUGUGUCGUUGGAUAUGAAUGACGAGGGAUCCGACGAAGACUCUACCAAGGAUGAAAAAUUGCUACCCAAUCUCUUCGGCAUGCCUGACUCUGGCCACAUUACUUAUGAGCCUGAUCCAGCCGUGUAUGAAAUGGAGGCUAAUGAUGCUCUCAUCCCCGGUGAAUAG